AUGCAGUACGGCAGAGCUGCAGUGUCCCGGGAUGAAGCUGCCAGUGUUAUUCAAUUUGGCAAAUCAGCCAAGCGAUCACCUGAGUCGACGCAAAUUGGGCAGUAUGGGAAUGGCUUGAAAUCGGGUUCCAUGCGGAUUGGGAAGGAUUUUGUCCUGUUCACGAAGAAGGACAACACCAUGACUUGCCUCCUCUUGUCACGGACCUUCCAUGAGGAGGAAGGCAUCGAUGAGGUCAUCGUUCCCCUGCCCACCUGGAACGCACAAAGCCGGGAGCCUGUGACAGACAACGUGGAGAAGUUCGCUAUUGAGACGGAGCUAAUUUACAAGUAUUCCCCUUUCAAAUCAGAACAGGAAGUGAUGGAGCAGUUUAAUAAGAUCUGUGGUGAGAAAGGCACGCUGGUGGUCAUCUUUAACCUCAAACUCAUGGAUAAUGGAGAGCCAGAGCUGGAUGUGACUUCUGACCCCCGAGACAUUCAGAUGGCGGAAACACCUCCAGAGGGAACAAAGCCUGAGCGCCGCUCCUUCCGUGCCUAUGCUGCUGUACUCUAUAUCGAUCCCAGAAUGAGGAUCUUCAUAAAUGGGCACAAGGUACAAACCAAACGACUUUCAUGCUGCCUGUACAAGCCAAGGUAA